GGUGAGAUCCACGGUAGGCAUUGUUAUUGUCAGUGACUGUGACGCAGGCGGCGGGCCUGACUGUCCGUGCUACCCUGAAUAUACACCGCUUAAAUAACUUUGUCGACUCACCCUGGCUGGUUGAGUAUAUGCCAGCCUUUGUUUGACAACAGUUUACUUUUUCAUACUUCUCUUGACGUUGUGUCGUUGUUCAGUAACAUCAUCGAGCGUACAAAUUCGAGCAGAUCCCUUCAGAAAAGGCAAACGGGACGAUCAGACCCGGAACCAAGAAUUCUGCAGCGUUUAUCUUGCAAUAUCAGACGUACAACAUCCCACAGCCCAUUCUAAAUCUCGGAGAUAGUCUCUGCGAACCCCAUUCUAGCAGUCAGAUCGAUGUCCGGGGCACGGAGAGUAGCUUUCUUCGGAGGCCAGGGCAGUCGUUCUUUGUUCAGUCCGGAGCUGUGUGCCUUCGCACAGGCAAAUGCGAAGUCAUCAGCUGCUGCUGCGCAUCUUCUUUCAGCAUGUCACACAGCCUUUCUAGAUGAGCUGUACAACUCUAUCUCAGAUGAGCCUAUCGGCUUUAGGGAUGAGUUGAGAGAGCUCAGAACAGCAGAAGAUCUGCUGAACCCGCCAUCAAACACUCACAACAACCCUAUCAUACAAGGCGUCACCCUUUGCCUGCAUCAGCUACUAGGCUAUCUUGCCAACACGCAGUACACGGCAUCGACUGGACUAUCUCUCGACCCGAAGCAGGGCGAGCUUAGCGAAACGGUGGGCUUCUGCUCGGGGGUCCUUCCAGCUAUUGUCGUCGCUUCAUCGAAGAAUAUUGCGGAGUACAUCGAGACAAGUACAGCGGCUGUUCGAGUCGCUUUUUGGAUUGGGUUCCGGGCGGCGAGCUUCAGCGAACAAUCCGAAGACCACUGGCGAGAUUUUCCGUGGAGUUUAGCCCUAAACGGGUAUGGUCCAGAAGUUGUCGAAGACUACAAUAGUGAUCAUCAAGAUUCACCUGAUCUUCAAUUAUGUAUAUCAGCAAAAUCGAGCGAAACGUCAUUCAGCGUUGCUGGCCCGAGCUUGGCACUGCGCAAAUUCCGAUCCGAGUAUCUUGAUUCAAGACAUGAUCGGAGCAGCGACCUAGUCCAUGUGCACGCCUUGUAUCAUGGAGGACAUCGAAUGGAGGAUGUCCUACGUCAUGUGAUUGAUGAUACACGCCGAAGAAGUAUCAAUUUUCCCUCGAGCGAGGACUUGAAAAGGAUAUCACUGCGCUCCUCCAUUGAUGGUCAGGUGAUCAAAGCAGAUGCAGAGAGUCGUUCUCUUCUUGAGACCGCAAUCAGAAGUAUUCUGGUAGAUCAAGUCGAUUGGAGCAGUACGUGGAAACAAAUCAGCCAAGCUGCACCAAAGACUGAAGUUCUGGCGUUUGGCCCGCACUCGCGUUCACUACUGUCUACAACCACUAGCGAUGGCCCAGCGAAGGAGAUCAAGACUGAAGACCUUUCGGGACGGGGAGAUAGUUCUCUCCCUGCAUAUGCGAACGAAGCCAUUGCUAUUGUCGGUAUGGCCUGUCAAUUCCCUCAAGGUAGCAACAAGGACAUGUUGUGGGAGACAUUAGAAAAGGGCCUGAACACUGUGGAAGAGAUCCCCGAAUCGCGCUUUGAGGUAUCUCAAUUCAAGGUAGAUCCAGAAAACGAGAAAGGGGCUGGCAGAAAGAUGGCUGCUAAGCAUGGAAAUUUCCUUGAUAAGCCUUGGGCAUUCGAUCACAAGUUCUUUAAUAUAUCGCCUCGGGAAGCCAAGUCGAUGGAUCCCCAACAACGACUACUCCUGCAAGGAGCUCUAAAUGCACUUAAUGACUCAGGGUAUAUCCCGGAUGCAACACCUACAUUUCAGAAAGAGACCAUGGGAUGCUAUGUAGGGGUUGCCACUGGUGAUUACACAGACAACCUGAAAGACGAGAUUGAUGUCUACUACAGUACUGGGACUCUCCGAGCUUUCCUCAGUGGGAAGAUAUCUUAUCACUUCAAAUGGAGUGGUCCUUCCGUUGUCAUUGAUACAGCUUGCUCGGCCUCGAGUGUGGCUUUGUACCAGGCUUGCAGAGCUCUAAACAAUGGAGACUGCACAUCAGCGGUCGCUGGAGGCGUCAAUGUCAUUAGCAGUCCUGACAUGUAUAUUGGGCUGUCAAGAGCACACUUCCUUAGCAAGACUGGGCAGUGUAAAGCGUUCGACGUCACAGCUGAUGGAUAUUGCCGAUCUGAGGGCUGCGGCUUGUUCGUCCUCAAGAAGCUGAAGGAUGCUGUUGCAGAGAACGACCGGAUUUAUGGAGUGAUUCGUGGCAUUGAGGUCAACCAAUGUGGAAAUGCUCACUCGAUCACGCAUCCUCAUUCCGAGACCCAACAAGCGCUUUUCAGGCAAGUUGUGGAGAGAAGUGGGGUAGAUCCGACUUCUAUCGGAGUCGUCGAGGCUCACGGCACUGGGACACAGGCUGGAGAUGCAGCAGAAGUUUCUAGUAUCCAGAGCGUGUUUGGGAACAGGCCGACCAAUCAACCUCUACACUUGACCUCGAUAAAGGGGAACAUCGGCCAUGCUGAGGCUGCUUCGGGGGCUGCAGGAUUAACCAAAAUCCUCUUGAUGAUGAACAAGAAGAAGUUGCUUCCACAAGCUGGGUUCAAGAAUCUCAAUCCCAAGUUGGCAAGCAUCAAUUCACACAACAUCAAGAUCCCAACAUCGGUAGAGGAAUGGCGCUCAAGACGUGGUGUGCCACGACGAGCUCUGUUGAACAACUUUGGCGCUGCAGGCUCCAAUGCUGCUAUCAUCGUCGAGGAAGCGCCCGACGGUGCAAAGCCAAAGGAACUUGUUCAGCGUUCAGCCUAUCCUUUUGUCAUCUCAGCAAGGACCGUCAAAGCUGUAAAAUCGUACUGCCAAGGAUGGCUACAACAGCUUGAUCAGAAUCCUGAUUUGCAUAUCAAAGACAUCACUUACACCGCGACUGCCAGAAGACAGCCAUACGAACAACGAUUGGCAUUUGCGGUGACAUCUGUCGAGGACCUCAAGCAAAAGCUGCAGACAGAUACCGAGCCAAAUGCAGUCAAUUCAAUGCAUCGCAAGCCAAUUGGCUUCGUCUUCUCCGGCCAGGGUGCUGUUUAUCCUGGUAUGGGCAAAGAAUUGUUGCAAACCUGUACAGCCUUCAGCAACACUGUCACACAAUGUGACCAUCUUCUGAACAACAUGGGUUUCCCGAAAGUCUCGCCUCUUCUUGAGGAUGCCCAUAACGCUAUAUCACCAAGUGAAUAUGUCAUUGUAUCACAAUGCGCAUGCUUCGUUCUUGAGGUUGCUCUUGCAAGAACAUGGAUUUCAUUCAAUGUGGUACCGGAUGUCGUUAUGGGUCACAGCUUGGGAGAAUACGCAGCCAUGGUGAUUGCCGGCGUCCUCAGCCUCCCAGAUGCCCUGAAAUUUGUUGCCACCCGAGCGAAGCUCAUGGUAGACCUGUGUGAAGUGAAGGCCACCAGUAUGCUUGCCUGCAACAUGUCAAGUGAUGAGGCCGAGAAACAAAUUGCAUCGAAACCCGAAAGCUUCCAGGGUUUGACUAUCGCCUGUCAAAACAGCAGAGGAGACUGUGUGGUGUCAGGUCCCGUGUCCGCAUUGGAUCAGUUCAGUCAUCACAUCAAAUCUGCCGGGGCUAAAUGUAAACGUCUUGACGUUCCCUACGGUUUCCACUCAGGGGCAUUGGAUCCAAUCAUCGAACCACUAUCCAAGGUCGCAGCCGAGAUGAAGAUCUCGGCACCAAAAGUUGCUUUUGGCUCGACAGUCUCCGGCAAGCUUCUUGACGAGACAGCCAUCACACCAGAAUACUUCACCAAUCAGACAAGGAACACGGUGCUUUUUGCAGACCUCAUGGAGUCCCUAGCUUCCCGAUCCGAAUUCAACUCUGCAACGUACCUGGAGAUCGGCCCAGCUCCCAUCACCCUUCCCAUGAUCAAGAGCGGACUAGCUGAUGGGGACAGCCAGUUCCUCCCUUCACUAAAGAAGAACGAAAACCCCUGGACCACAUUGGUCAGUGGUAUCACCAAAUUGGCACUGGCGAAUUACACGAUGCAUUGGCGUAACGUCUUUGAUGGAUCUCAAGGUAAUGUCAUCGACGGCCCAGACUACCCAUUGGACAAGAGUGAAAUGUUUGUCCCUUACAAGGAGCCCACACGACAAGAGUUGUCCUCGGUUCAGAGCACAGAAAUGCAGGAUGCAGCUGGCCCCUUGGUGCCCAGAGAGCUUAAAAGCAAUGAAGAGGGUUCAGAGUUGUUUGAAAGUGAUACCGAUGUUCUGGGGAAGUUCAUCCAAGGACACAUCGUUGGUGGUGUAGCACUAUGCCCAGCAAGUGUAUACCAUGAGAUGGUUCUCGAAGCUGCAACACGCAAUGAUAACAGUAACACCUCGACCGGCGAAACUCUGACUGUCAACGAGAUCACCUUUGACAAGCCUCUGAUAUACGAUCCCAAAGGCGACAAGAGAAUCGUUCAGCUCACAUUGCACAAGAAGUCUGCAGACGGCACAAGGGGUUUCACAUUCUCCUCUUUCGUUGAAGGCCAUGACGAGAAAGAAAAGGUUGACCAUUGUUUCGGCAUGAUUCAGCCCCAGAAGACUUCCAAACUACAAAGCAGCUUCAAAAAGAUGGCGGCCAUCGCGAAAAGGCAAAAGUCACACCUUGAUGGAGUCGCCAAAGACACCUUCCACACGCGCAUGCUAUAUGAGACAGUGUUCCCUAGGGUUGUCGACUACGGCAAGGAGUAUCAAAGUAUCAAGAAUCUGACCGUUACGGAAUCCGGCUCUGAGGGACAUGGUCAAUUCCAGCUACCAGAUCCGCCUGUGGACGAGCCAUUCGUUCUGUCGCCCACUUUCGUGGAUACACUCCUACACGCAGCCGGAUUCAUUGCCAACAGUCAUGUUGACGCGCACGAGGCGUGCAUUUGUACCCGCGUGGAGCAGAUCAACAUUCUGUACGACAACCUGGAUCAGAGUCAAGAGUUCAAGGUCUACUGCAGUCUGAUGGAUUACAUUGAGGGCACGCUCCUCGGUGAUGCUUAUGCGGUAGAUCAGAGAGGACAGGUUGUGGCUGCGGUGGAGGGCAUGCACUUCAAGAAGCUGUCACUCAGGGCGUUCCAAAACCACUUGGCCCGUGCCAGUGGACGUGGCAGAACUACUAUCCAGCAGCCUGCUCCUGUCACCAAAGCCCCUAUCAGAAAUCCCACCACGCCUCCUCCCCAAAAAGCUGCACCCAAAGCUGCUGGUGGCGUUGGGAAAGACGAAAUCAUCGCCACAGUCGCGGAGACCGUAUCGAAAGUAUGCGAAGCACCUCCGGCAAGCAUCACGGCGCAGUCAGAACUGUCUGAUCUAGGCAUGGAUUCAUUGAUGCAGAUUGAGCUUGCAGAUGCACUCAAGAAACGCUUCCCAAGCCUUGCCAUCGACAAAAAUGCUCUCCUGAACAGCACCACUGUCAAAGACAUCCAAGACCACAUUAUCGCAGUAAGCCCCGCUCCAUCACAACAAAAGAGCAGCAACAUUCAAAGACCCAAGUCCUUGAACUUGGAAGACACGAACGCGCGUCUGCAGCAAGCCAAGAGUAGCGAGCUCAAAUACACUCCACCCGAGGCACCAGUCAACAAGGUCAAGGACCUGAUUGCAGAAGUAUGUGGCAUCUCCGGGGGGGAAAUCGACGCUGAAAGCACGAUGGAAAGCCUGGGAAUGGACUCGCUGAUGACCAUUGAACUGAAGACCGAGUUCAAGAAGCAACUCGGCGUUGAAAUGCCCGAGAUUCAUGGCGACUUCACCCUCGACACGCUUCUCAGCUUCAUCGACAGCUCGAACAGCUCGGAGACCAGCGCUACGCUGUCCACGAACACGGAUAGUGGGUUCAUCUCUCCACCCUCGACAGUGACUUCCACCAUCUCUUCGCCAACCCGAGAGUCCAAGCCGGCCAUUCCAACGCUCAUCCAGUCUGGACCCAAAGACAAGCCUUCGAUGUACCUGUUCCACGACGGAAGUGGUACCGUCGGUAUGUACAAGGGACUCAGUGAUCUUGGGUGCACCCUGUACGGUAUCUCCAACCCUGGAUUCGGCGACCGUGAUCACUGGGCCAAAUCGAUCUCAGACAUGGCCACCAGCUACGCAUCCGCGAUCUCGGCAUCCUCAGAGAAGCCUGUCGUCUUAGGAGGCUGGUCAUUCGGUGGUGUCGUCGCCUUCGAGACCGCACAACACCUCGCACGACUCGGCAAGCAGGUCAAGGGCGUCAUACUGAUCGACUCACCAUGUCCGAAAGACCACACUCCGCUCCCCGAAGAAGUGGUCAAGCAUGUCCUCAAGCCCAUGACGGACUCCAAAGCAGGGAGGUCUGCUGCCACGGUUGCAAAUCAAUUCAAAUGGCAUGCGGCAAUGCUGGGCAAGUAUAACCCUCCCGCAGAUGCGUCCGAGGUUCCAUACAUCAUGCUCCAGAGUGCCGAGACGUUCGAUACGUCUGGCCAGUGCGGUGUCAAGUAUCCAUGGCUCGAGGACCAGCGGGAGCGUGCUCGUGCUAUCGACGGAUGGCAGGAAGUCCUGGGCCGGAAGGUCAAGACGCUGCAGAUUCCGGGCGAUCACUUCCAGCCGUUUACGAAGGAGUGUGUGGGGAAAGUAUCGGAGCAGUUGAGGGAAGCAUACAAUAUUGUUACGAAGUAAGUAGUUUAAGGAUGGCAACAGACUGCAUGAGCGUUUUGUUUUCGAGCGAUUUGAGUUUUGGCGUUUUUAGUUAGGGGUCG